UACAUAUACAACAACAACAAGAAGAUGUUUUUCAAAAAGAAGAAGGACGAGCAGCCUGCCAACAAGUCACCGCCACAGUCUGCAAUAGCAUCGGGAUCUCCAAAUGGUGCCACAAUGCCAGCUUACCAUCAUGGUAUCAAGAUAGGUUCAGUGGCAAACAGUGCCAGCACUGAACAAUUGAACCAAGUUGCUGAGAACAAACAGAAGAUUCCAUCAUUAUUCAGAUUGUUGGCAGAGCACAAGUUGACAGAGCGUGACAUCUGGGAGGGAUACCCCAUGCUCUUCUCAAUCCUCUACCAAUUCAAGGAUCAAUUGGACAGAACUGAUUCCGGUACGGCCAGUGUAAUCACUUUCCAUUUGCCAGCGAUUCCAGAGUUUGCCGACACACGCAAGAAGACUUACAAGAUCAACAAGAAGUUCACAAUUGCACAGACCAUCAAUUUGAUUUGUAAGAAGCAGCAGGUACCAGAUCCAAAGAGAUUCUGGAUAGGAUCACUACAGGGCUUCAUCAUGAAGGAUGACGAGCCACUCAGCACCUACGGUCUCGGAACAAUCUUUGAGUCAUGGGAACUACGUGUAAUCUACAAGAAUGACAUCCUCUCCAAGUCGCCACUAAAGUCUGAGCCAAUGGAGUCCAUUGGAACAGAGUUCAUUGUCGUCUUUGAGUUGCCACCCCUCCAAGAGUUCAAUGGACUAAAGAAGCACGUUGUCAAGGUUGACACUAACCAGACUAUCAAACAGUCAAUCGCCAACAUAUGUAGGAAGUACAAGGUAGAGUCACCCGAUAGAUUCUCGGUGAUGACUAUGGAUGAGAAUCCACUGGCAGAGUUUGUGUUGUUCAGUGGCGCUUGUUUCAAGCACUAUGGCCUCGGCUACAAGUUCAAGAAGUGGGACCUAAAGAUCGUGUUCACAGACUUGAUACCACCAUUCGUUCAUCGUCACACUGUGAUCCCAAUGCACGGUUGGGCACAGGUCAGUCCAGGCCAGCUGGACCCAUUCACCGCACGCGCCAUCAUCAACGACCUUGAGGAGCGCUGCUCCGAGUUCCAGGCCGAGAUCCGUCGUCUGAACCAAGACAUCGAGGGUGGCAAUGAGCUGUCGCGCGAGCAGCAAGCCGAGAUUGAGCGUCUGCGACAGGAGAUUGCCAGACUACAGGCACUGAUGGAGGAGGAGCGCGAGUCAACACAGGCCCAGAACGAGGUCUACGAGUCAAAGUUGGCCGCAGCCAAUGCAGAGAUCGAUACACUAAGCGGCCAACUGCGAUCAAUGAAGGCCCGCCUGGACGAGACCAACUCGCAGCUCAUGUCUGCCAAGAUCGCCAACGAGGAUCUUCACUCAUCAUUGAAUCUUUGCCAGGCCGACAAGGAGGGACUAGAGGGCCAGCUGCAAGAGGCUCACGCCACAAUCACAGACUACAUCAGAAAGCUAGAGAAUGCCAAGUUGGCCGCGUCCGAGCAGGAGGCCCAACUCACACAAAUGAUUGCCACUUUGGAGCGCGAGAAGGCCGCCAUCAGGGAGGAGGCACGCAUGAACCUGGAGCGUCUGUCCACCGAGAAGGUGUCAAGCGAGGAGCAGGCCAAGGCGAUGCUUGUCUCCGAGCUUCAAGACGAGUUGGCCGCCCUGCAACGCGAGCGCGAGAUGAUGGCCCUGCAACUGCACAAGGCCACCGUGGAGAAACAAGAAGCGGUUCAGACUGCCGAGCGCGCCGAGAAGAAGAUGGACGAGCUAUCCAAGAAUGUGAAGCGUGUAGAGCGUCAGUUUGGAGACUUGGAGCGUGAGCGUGAUGUGCUGCGCCAGCAGGUGCAGAUCAAGCUGGACGAGAUUGCCGACCUGCAGAAGGACAUUGAGUGGUCGCGCGAGACCACCGCCGACCUCGAGCGUCGUCUGACAAGCGCGUCGGGCGAAGUCAAGAUGUUCAAGGACAUCAAGAACAAGGAGUCUGCACGUCUCAAGGUCACAUCAGCCGAAGAGAGCAAGGUCAAGGGCGACCUGGACAGCGAGCGAAAGAGAAACAUCGACGCCACCGCCAAGUUCACCAAAAAGUUGGCCGAGGUCGAAGCCGCCCAAAAGAACCAACAAGAGGCAUACCAAAACGCAGAGGCAGUCUUCAAGAAGCGUGAGGCUGAGUUACUGGCCCAGGUCGAGGAGUAUCGUGUACGUUGUGAGGAGCUGCAAGCUGGUGGCGCCACCACAUCCAGCACCGUCGCCAAGCCAGCAUCAUCAGCAGCACCAACCACAGGUGGCUUUGUAAAGCGAAUGCCAACACAGUCCACAGCCACAGUAGAGCCAAUUGCCAACACACCAGUGUUGUUACAGUCGCCCGAUGUCAAGGCCACCAACUCAUUCGGCCUUCAACCAUCGACGGCCACACUGGUGAUUGGUGGACGCGACAGACGUAACUCGCCACCCCAAGAAGAGAUGUCCUAUGCCAAAGAGCAACUCAAGACCUUUACGCCAGCGCCAGUCGAAGUGGCCACACUCGACAUUGCCAACAACCUGUAUACCUCACUGCAGAGUCGCUUCACCAACAUCACCGAUGCCAAUGGUGUUGAAGAACUCAAUCUUUCCGAC